UGCAGAAAUAUCCUCCUACACCUCAACUGAAAUCUAACCUCCUGAAAUCAUGUGUUGCAACUACUACAGAAACUCCUGUGGGGACUGUGGAUAUGGCUCUGGCUGGAGUUCCGGCUGUGGAUAUGGUUGUGGCUAUGGCUGUGGAUAUGGCUCUGGCUGUAGAUACUGCUCUGGAUAUGGAUUUGGCUCUCGCUGUGGCUGUGGAUACAGCUCUAGCUGCUGUGACUAUCAACCACUUUGCUACAGAAGAUGCUAUUCCUCUUGCUACUAAUCAUCACUACAGAACAUCCUUGGCUUUGCAAUGACCUCUCCAAGAUCAAGUUCAAUUGAAAUCUCCCCUACUCAUUAUCUUCACAUCUAAGUAAAGAUUGACUAUGGUCCCCUGACUAUCUGAAUGCAUAUAAGAGAAGCUGUUUGCAGUG